AUGUCAGCUGAGCAGCCUGGAGAGACGACAGGGUUGACAGUGGCUUUUGCGGGCCCGUCAGUCGCCAACUACCAUGCCGCUUCCACUCCGGCCUACGUCACAGUUGCCGAGGAGCGCACAAUUGAUGAGGCGCUGUCCGCCGUAGAGGCCCGUCGCGAGUCGGAGAAGAAGGUUCUCCUGGGCGCUCUCAUCUUCUGUUUCGUUUUUAUGCUCGUCGAGUUCACCAGCGGUGUGAUGGCCCACUCGCUGGCCCUGCUCACGGAUGCCAUCCACUUGCUGGCCGAUGUGGGUUCCUAUGCACUGAGCAUUGGCGCCCUCGUCGCAGCGGGUCGUGCGGCGUGCGGCCGCUACAGCUACGGCUGGCACCGGGCUGAGGUGAUUGGCACCCUCAUCUCCGUCUUUUCGAUCUGGGCCUUGGUGACCUGGAUUGUUAUUGAAGCAGGAUACCGCACCUACGAUAUAUACAUGUGCAGCCGCGUCCCGGCUCAAGUUUCCGCUGGCGUUAGGAGCGUUCGCGACUGCCAAGCAGUUGACUCUCGUCUCAUGAUCGUCGUUGGUGUGCUUGGCAUGGUGGUGAAUGUCGUAUGUGCCUCCAUCCUCUACUUUGGCGGCUCUCACGGCCACAGCCACUUCGGCUCCUCGCACGGGCACAGCCACGACGGGAGUGGGGAGCACAACCAGGACCACAUUCACGAAGACGAUCAUGACCAUGGACACGAUCACAACCACGACCACGACCACGACCACGACCACGGACAUGCAACGCAAAGCGGUGGCAGCAUUGGCAGCCACAAGGGGUUUGCUGUGCACGCUGCUAUCCUGCAUGCGAUGGGUGACUGCGUCCAGUCCAUUGGUGUCAUUCUCGCCGGUAUUGUCAUCUACCUGUGUAACCUUGCCUACUACGGCAAGCACACAUACGAGCACUCCCUCUUCAACCUUGCUGACCCCUUCUGCUCUGUCAUGUUCGCUGUCAUCACGCUGAAUAUGACCAAGGCCCUCCUGAUGGACCUGUUCGGAAUUCUGAUGGAGAGCACACCAGCGAGCGUCGACUACAGCGCUCUGGACGCGGCGCUGCGGCAGAUCGACGGCGUAGUCGAUGUGCAUGACUUACACGUCUGGUCCCUGUCGGCCGAGUAUGUCUCCCUCUCGGUGCACUUAGUGGCAGACGAUUCCGCCGACGCUCUGCACAAGGCGCAGCACAUCUGCAGUGCACACUUUGGCAUUCGUCACACCACCAUUCAGGUCGACCCGGUGGCCAUCGGCGCCGCCGGAUGCGCCAGCGCCUGCGCCUCGCCGACUGUGCAUGAUGAGGUGUCGAGCCACUACAUGUGA